UGGGGCCUGCCGGAAGUGGCGCAGCGGCAGGGAGGGGCUCUUCACCCAGUCCGGCAGUUGAAGCUCGGCGCUCGGGUUACCUCUGCAGCGACGCCCCCUGGUCCCACAGAUACCACUGCUGCUCCCGCCCUUUCGCUCCUCGGCCGCGCAAUGGGCACCCGCGACGACGAGUACGACUACCUCUUUAAAGUUGUCCUUAUUGGAGAUUCUGGUGUUGGAAAGAGUAAUCUCUUGUCUCGAUUUACUCGAAAUGAGUUUAAUCUGGAAAGCAAGAGCACCAUUGGAGUAGAGUUUGCAACAAGAAGCAUCCAGGUUGAUGGAAAAACAAUAAAGGCACAGAUAUGGGACACAGCAGGGCAAGAGCGAUACCGAGCUAUAACAUCGGCAUAUUAUCGUGGAGCUGUAGGUGCUUUAUUGGUUUAUGACAUUGCUAAACAUCUCACAUAUGAAAAUGUAGAGCGAUGGCUGAAAGAACUGAGAGAUCAUGCUGAUAGUAACAUUGUUAUCAUGCUUGUGGGCAAUAAGAGUGAUCUACGUCAUCUCAGGGCAGUUCCUACAGAUGAAGCAAGAGCUUUUGCAGAAAAGAAUGGUUUGUCAUUCAUUGAGACUUCGGCUCUAGACUCUACAAACGUAGAAGCUGCUUUUCAGACAAUUUUAACAGAGAUUUACCGCAUUGUUUCUCAGAAGCAAAUGUCAGACAGACGCGAAAAUGACAUGUCUCCAAGCAACAAUGUGGUUCCUAUUCAUGUUCCACCAACCACUGAAAACAAGCCAAAGGUGCAGUGCUGUCAGAACAUCUAAGGCAUUUCUGUUCUCCCCUAGAAGGCUGUGUAUAGUCCAUUUCCCAGGUCUGAGAUUUAAAUAUAUUUGUAAUUCUUGUGUCACUUUCGUGUUUUAUUACUUCAUACUUAUGAAUUUUUCCAUGUCCUAAGUCUUUUGAUUUUAGCUUUAUAAAAUCAUCCACUUGUCCCGAAUGACUGCAGCUUUUUUUCAUGCUAUGGCUUCACUAGCCUUAGUUUAAUAAACUGAAUGUUUGGAUUCCUCAAUUAUUGUUUACUUUUCAUCAUGGAAGCCUGUCACUGUAUGUAGGACAUAAUAGAACUUGAUCACUUGAAGCUCAGACCUAUUGGUCUUGAUCAAAUCAAACUAAGAAGACCUUAGAAAUAAGCUACCAUUUUGCCACAGAGCAGCUUAUAGGUAAUACACUCUUUCAGUGCAGUGUAUAUUUCCACAAAUCUAAGAAUUGCCCUAUAAACAUAGCAGGAUUUUGAGAGCUUGAAACUUUUCCAUUAUUCUGGACAUGAAUUUCUAAAAUGCCUUAAUAGGUUUAUGUAGUUGAGUAAAUUUUGUUUUUUAAUUUUUGUAAGCAUCAAAGUUGAUUAGAGAGGGGGGCACUUUUUCUGGAGAAUUCUCUCAGUAAACACAAAAGAUUGUUACGGUUUCAUUAGUAGUAUGGUUGUGGGGCCAUAAAUUAAACAGUGCUGCCUGGUAGGCUGGGAACUGAAGAGACUUGUGGAAUUCCAUCUCAGGUGCCUCUGUUGCAAUGAUCAGGCAGCCUAAAAGAUUUAAAUGAUCUAUAAUAAUUUCCAAGCAGUAGAUUAUGUGGCAUUUUAUUGCUCAGGCAAUAACUGGUUUAAUGCUGGUAGUGUCAAAUUUUGAAGUGUUAAUUUUGUCUUAGAACCUUCCAGUAAGUGAAAUACAACCUAGUUUUAUCACCAUAUCCACCAGCAGGCAUGGAUAAUUAUUUUAACAAUGCUAAUAUUUGAGUUUUGCAGUAUAUUAUGGAAUAUAGUCCAGUUAAAUCUUUGGUUUCAGUAUGUCUGAAGAAUACAGUGAGAGGUUAAUUUCUGCUCAAGUGGUACCACUUAAAGGCAUGUAUUCUUUUAGUAUGUAAAAUGAAAUAGUACCUUGAGUUUAAAUAGAAUGCAUUUAGGCAUUGUAGAGACCUGAAGUAGUUUUCUUCCCCUACAUUGUUGAAAUCAAUGAAGCAAUUAGUUUCUCAUUCAGAAAUGUGCACACUAAUAUUUAGUUUUGCUUUCUCGUGGAUAAUAUUAAGCACUUACUCUGCAGUUUCCUGGAAGUUGUGUCAACUGCAGUGAUACUAUUCAGGAUGGUGGGAAAUCCCCAAAAUUAUGUAUGUGUGGGCUUGCUUAGAUUGCUAUAUUUCACAGUUAAUCUUUUGUCUCUUGCGGUGCUCAUGAUGUGUGGGGCACACGGAAGGCAUUGCUGUAGUCAGUCAUUUUGGUUUUCUUCUAUAGCCAUUUUAUUUUAGUGUAUUGGUUAUGAAGAUAAUAUUAUCUAUUUGUAAAUUGCUACUUUGUAUUUUAUGCAUGCUCUGUAAUUUGAUUUUUUUUUUUUUAGUUAUUGAUUUGGAUUAUAUUCACAUUCUAAUAAACAGUUAUAGGGGGAUUAUUUCUUAUGCUGUCAGAUUACGUUUUUCCUUUGAGUGCUUUGAAUGCAGCCGUGGAAUCCUGAUGUAAAAGCAUAGGUUCUUGUAUUACUGAGUAAACAUUGAAUUGGGA